AUGUCCUGGCAGCAGCAGUCUGCGCCUUUACGAUGCUUCUCAUCCAAACCCGACGACGUCCGCGCUCUCAUGCUCCCACGGCCAGACAAGCACAUAGACGACUACCUGUACCCACAGAACUCGCAUCUGCUCACCACGCUGCUCAACGACCUUAUGCCAAGCACAAUUGAGUCAUCUUCAUCGCUCGUCACCAGCCCUGCAGCUGGCAAACUACCGCCCGGAGCUCAUAAUGUUUAUUUCCCUCUGCAGACCCGUACAUCUCUACUCGCAUGUGACGGCGCAGACGCAGACCAUGUUCCGCCCGCGUUCAAGCUGGCUACGCCCGAGGAUCCCAUGGGUGGGAGACGGCUCUGGGGCGGAGGAAGGGUCGACUUCUUGAGAGACGACAUGCACCUCGAUGGGGAGAGGGCGUCGUGCAUGGAACGCAUAGCGGAUGUCAGAGUCAAGGACGGGGGUAAUGUCUGGGUCGAUUUAGAGAGAAGAUAUGGGCAUCACGAACACGGUCAGCGGGAACCUAGCAUCUUGGAGCGGAGAACGUUGAUCUUUGUUGACAAGGUGGAUGAGACGCCCAGACGGAAGAUGAAAGAAGUCGACCCUGACUUUGUCAUUUACCCAGGUCCAACUCAGCCAACAGCGACAUACCAGUUUACACCUACCGCCACCCACCUCUUCACAUUUUCUGCCCUGACACAGAACGCACAUUUCAUACACCUCGACAGAAAGAAUGCGCUGGUUCACGGUCCGUUAAUGCAGUGCAUCAUGCUACGCGCACUAAGCCGCCACGGAGACGUGGCGUCGCUGGAGUACAGGAACCUCGCGCCAUUGAUGGUGGGCGAGGUAGAUGCUGCGGUUUGCGUGAAGAAGGGCAAGGACACCUGGGACGUUUGGAUAGAGGACGGUCAAGGAGGGAUGGUCGCGCGAGGAAAAGCUCAAAUGAAAUCAGCAAAAGUUUAA